CCAUAUUCUAAUUUGAGUAUUUAGUUCACUUAUUGAUUUUUUCUAUCUAUAGACUCGUGUUAUCUCUCUGCCAUGUUCUAUAUUGGAUUAUGUAAGAGAAUUGAAGAUGGGAUGAUUCAGGACAGUAUACACCUAGAUAAGAAAAUGGAUUGUUUCCUAUAUAAUGCAAAAGUUUAUACUUUUAGUGGUUGAGUAUUUGGGGCAUUAAGUUAUUAUUUACUAAUUUACAACAUGGCCGGCUUCGUCAGUCUUCUCGAAGUCUGCAAGAGCAGGAACCCACAACUCGCCAUUGUCUGUGCAUCUUCAAGCUCCGUCUACGGCUUGAACUCCAAAGUUCCCUUUUUUGAAUCGGACAAAACAGAUCUGCCGAUGAGCUUCUACGCCGCCACCAAGAAAGCCGAUUAUUUGGUGGAAUUCUUGUCCAUCACAUAUAUUCUUGAGGGAAUGUCUAUGAUCUUGACAAUGCAAUACUCAGCCAAAGUCCUUCAAUGUUUAUGGAACUUCAUCGGUCACCUCUUCCUUACCGGCAAAGUUGUAAGCCUUCCAUCCAUCCCUCACCUAUCGACACGUGAAUUCUUCAUCAGAAAUACUGAAUAUUCUGUCUUUGUUUUAUCAACGCAUGGGCUGGGAAGACCUUUUUUAUCAUUCUUUGAUAUAUGACAUUAACAAUAAUAAUGGAUGGUAUUGCAACUUAUGUGCGUACUGCUAGAGGUUAAUUAAGGUGAGCGGUGGACUUUUUUUUGUGAAAGAGAUGUGAGAAGAUGGUGGAUCCAGGUUACUGGUCACAAGAGUUACUCCAAAGCUAUUGCCAAUGAAUCGCAGGUUACUCGUCACAAGAGGGGGGAUACAAAUGGACCAAAGGCAUUGAAACCUCAACCUCUGAUAAUCCGCUGCACAGUGAAAUUACCACACUUGUUCUGUUGUGGCGGGAUUCGGCAAGAGGCAGUGCAGUAGAGGGAGAGGAUGAUGAAAUGAGGGAGUAGAUAUGCACUUUUCAUUCCUGAACCAGCACUUUGAGUGAACCAUUAUCAAAAAGUUCAAAGUCUGAUUUUUCUAAAAUAUUAAAACUACACUUUUUCUUCGAAGAUUUGCCAUUGGUGUUGUGUUCAAAUGGUUACUUCGGGUUCGGACUACUUGAUGUUCGGGUCAAUGCGGGUUCAAGUAGAGAACUAUAUGUUCAUCACCAUUAUCAUUCGGUUUGGGUUGACCCAACGGGUUAUGACUUUGAUUUUAAUCAAAUUUUAAGUUCAUA